AUGUCGCGCCGUCCACAGGAAGGUGGUGAUAUAUGUGCCAUCUUCAUUCAUGCUGGGGCUGGCUACCACAGCCAUCAAAAUGAAAGAAUCCAUCUUUCCGCAGUCAACGAUGCCGCCAAGGUGGGAAUGGCGGUGUUGAAGAGUGGUGGCGAUGCUACCGAUGCCGUCGAAAUGGCUGUUCGCCUGCUCGAAGACAAAGAAAUUACAAACGCAGGCUAUGGCAGCAACUUGACCAUGGAUGGCCAUGUCGAGUGCGAUGCCACUAUUGUUGAUCAUUUCGGCCGCAGUGGAGCCGUUGGUGCUUUGAGACAGGUCAAGAAUCCCAUUGGUGUCGCUCGACUGGUCCUUGAGGAGUCCAACAAGCCGCUCUCUCUCCAACGCGUCCCGCCAAACCUUCUGGUCGGCCCUGGAGCAACUGAUUACGCUGCUACCAAGGGCGUGCCCAUCCUUCCCCCGGAUCUUCUCAUCUCGGCCAGUGCGCGUGAACGAUGGUUGCGUUGGCGACAAGACCUCGAGAGUGCUGCCGAAAGAGAAGCCUCCAACCAGAAGUUGCCCCAAUCCCCCAUCUCUGACCCCCGGGCCGGAGAAAUCCCUGCCGCGAUGCGUACCAAUCUAAACAAGACUCCAAUCACACCAUAUCAAUCUCCUCCGGAACGAGAGAAGAGACCUAGCAUUUCACAACUACCUCCUCUCACUCGGCCCUUGGUCAUCUCGGCAUCCGAUAUGCCAACACUAUCGACCGUGAAGGACUCCCAAACCCGAGAAAUGUCCCCCAUAAAGAACAGCUUGACUCCGUUUCAGAGCAAGCAAUUCAACACUGCAUCCAAUGGACCUACCGAACACUCUGAAAGUGCCAUUGAUGACAGUCUGCAAUGGAGUAUUCCUGCUCCUAAACGUCAAAAGCUUAAUGGAUCAUUUGAUGGUUCGAACCAAGCACAUCCUGAAGGAGACGACGAGGAACACUUUUCCUCCUCAGGUGAGUGUGCUAAAGGCAUGACAGUUGAAGAUGAUGGAGAAGACUACAUUACCGACACUGUAGGAGCAAUAGCGGUUGAUUGUUUUGGUAGGAUUGCUGCGGCUUCGUCGUCUGGCGGCAUUGGCAUGAAGCACAUGGGGCGUUGUGGGCCAGCAGCACUAGUGGGCACCGGCACGGCGGUGAUUCCCAUUGAGGAAAAUGACCCCAACCAGACCUGUGUGGCGACGGUGACGAGCGGUACAGGUGAACACAUGGCCACCACGACGGCAGCAGCCACAGCGGCGGGUCGAAUCUAUGCGUCAGUGAAGAAAGAAAAUGGACGACUGGUGGAGUGCAACGAGGAUGAAGCCAUGUACUCGAUGAUCCAGCAAGACUUCAUGGAGCACCCUGGAGUCCGCCACAGCCACUGUACAGGGGCGAUUGGAAUUCUGGCGGUGAAAAAGUGUCGAGACGGUAUUUACUUCUACUUUGGACACAACACCGACUCGUUCGCCCUAGCCUCGAUGCAUUCGGAAGAACGUAAGCCGGUGUGCACCAUGUCUCGGAGUAAGGGGCACGGAUCGAUCGCACAAGGCGGACGAGUGUCUCGGGCCAAGCAUGCGCGUUUCCGCUGACCGGAAGGCUCAACGGAGGCUGGCUGGUCAGUGUGAGCAUGGCUUUGUCAACGGGCCCCAGUGGCGGUGGAAUUCCGACUGUUGUGCCGUCUUCUCUCAGAUCAUGCACAAGGACGGCUGGAGCUCAGGUGCUAUCAAGAACAAUGAACAAGCCCAGAGAAGGCGUGGAAUGACAAAUCAAGGAGUGGAAGAUGCAGCAAAUCGGUCAAUGGCGGCCUCGGUGGUGGACACAUUUAUACCAGGGCACGAUGUGAUGUCGGAGCGGCUUCUUGUCUCAUAUUCCGCCAUUGACCGAGGCGCAGCUCCUAGAACCUAG